AGACUCCAAAAAUUAUCAUUUUAAUCGAAAAUAAUUUCAUAAUACAACCAACCCGAUGGUAAACACCCGAAGAUAUUGCAUCUCGCACAUACCGAAAAGUAAAGUAAUAGCUGAUUCAAAAUGUGGAUCUUGAAUGAACAAGGUUAGAACCACUUUAUUGAGAAACAGCAGUUGGUACUGCCGCUAAAUCUUUUAGCGUCUUGCUUAAACACUUCAUUUUAUUUUAUUUAACCAGUUAACAUUGAUAAGUGUUCAGGUGGAGUUUUAAUUAGAAACUAAUGUUUAAAAUAUAUAAAAUAAAAUGCUCUUCCUUAAAGUCGCAUUUUUAGUAUAUCUAGUGUUUUUUUUAAACCGAUUUACGGUGUGUGUUGCGCAAUUUAGGAGUAAACUAGGGACUUUAAACAAACUUUUAAGUGACAACACUAAUAACAUAGGAGAUUCUGGAGAUAUUUUGGGAGAGUAUGAUUUUAUAGUUGUUGGAGCAGGGUCUGGCGGCUCAGUACUUGCAAAUCGUCUGACCGAAAAUCCUGCUUGGUCGGUUUUGCUUCUUGAAGCUGGAAAAGAUGAAAUCUUUCUUACAGAGGUGCCUCUUACAGCUUCUUUACUCUCAAUCACUGCCUAUAACUGGGGUUACAAAAGCGAAAAACUAACAACAGCUUGUUUGGGGUUAGUAGAUGGUAAAUGCAACUUAGCAAGAGGUAAAGGGUUAGGCGGGACUAGCAUUAUAAAUUUCUUGAUAUAUACUAGAGGAAACAAAAAGGAUUUUAAUAAUUGGGAAAAAAUGGGAAAUAGGGGAUGGAGUUAUAGAGAUGUUCUUCCUUAUUUUAUUAAAUCAGAAAAUUGCUCCUCUUGUAAGCAAAUCGAUGAAGACUAUCACGGGUUUUCUGGGUAUUUACAUGUUGAAAAUCCUGGAUACGAAAGCCCGUUUGUUGAUUUAUUUAUUAAAGCUGGACAGGAUUUGGGAUACAAAAACAAUGAUCCUAAUGGGCAAAUUGGCUUAGGAUUCUCCAAAGUGCAGGCAACUAUGAAACAUGGCCGACGAUGUAGUGCUUCAAAAGCUUUUUUAAAACCGGUAUCCCACCGUUCCAAUCUUCACAUAUCUCUUCAAAGUAGAGUGACAAAAAUUCUUAUAGACCCUAACACUAAAACUGCUUACGGCGUAGAAUAUUGGAACAAUAAACAAAAAUACAUUGUGAAAGCUAGAAAGGAAGUUCUUUUAAGCGCUGGAACGAUUAAUAGCGCUCAGUUAUUGAUGCUGAGUGGUGUUGGACCCAGCGAUCACCUACGAGAGAAGGGAAUUAGUGUUUUGGUUGAUCUACCAGUGGGAUAUAAUUUUCAAGAUCAUGCUGCCAUGUCUACCAUUCCAUUUUUAGUAAACGAAAGUAUAACAGUUUCAGACUUAUCAGUUCAAAAUCCAGCUGAUAUUUAUAAUUACCUUGCCAGAGGUAAAGGGCCUUAUACGAUUCCAGGAGGUGCAGAGGCUUUGGCUUUUAUUAAAACCAAAUAUACAAAAGAUGAAAAUGAUGACUAUCCUGAUAUGGAACUUGUUUUAGGAGCUGGAGCGUUAAAUGGGGAUGUGUUUGGAGGAUUUAGGACAUUAUUGGGUAUCCCUCGAAGUACUUACAAAAAAGUGUACCUACCUUUAAUUGGAAAGCCCUCUAUAAGUAUAGCUCCUGUUCUUUUGAGACCAAAAAGCAGAGGUAGAGUAUACCUCAAAGAUUCUAAUCCAUUCCACUGGCCUGCUAUUGAACCCAAUUAUUACUCUGAGCAAGAUGAUUUAAAAACAAUGGUCGAAGGAAUUAAAAUUGCCAUCUCAAUAGCAGAAUCCGAACACUUCAAAAGAUAUAAUACUACUCUUAGUUCGAUUCCAUUCCCAAAUUGUGAACAUCUUCCUUUUAAUUCAGAUGAAUACUGGAGCUGCUCAGUAAGACAAGUUGGUACAACUCUCGGUCAUCACGUAGGCACGUGCAAAAUGGGGCCAAGUGAUGACCCUUCAGCAGUUGUGGAUGACCAACUUAGGGUAUAUGGAGUAAAUAAUUUAAGAGUUGUAGAUGCGUCCAUCAUGCCUAAUAUUGUCGCAGGACAUACAAAUGCUGUUGUUUUCAUGAUAGGUGAAAAAGCUAGUGAUAUGAUUAAAGAAAAAUGGGGAGUAAGCUGACAAAUACAAAAAUGUGAUAUAAAUUAAAUAUGAUUACUUUAAGUUAGUAAUGAUAGGUGACUAUGUAAAGUUAUAUUAGUUUUAAUAAAUAAUAUUUGUUUUAUCUAAAAAAACGGCCAUUCAA